AUGGGCGCCGGCGGCGCGGCCGGCCAUCCCUCCAUGCUGAACUGUCUCCAGAGGCUCGAGCUGAUGCGUGGCGCCGGCGCUGAGCAGUACCCGCUGCUGAGCAGCUUCCUUAGCCCCGAAGGCGGACCCCAGCCAGAGGGCAGUCUCCACAGCAGCGCCGGCGCCGGCGCCGGCGUGUGCGUGCCGGGCGGCGGCGAGGGGCCGCCGUCCGCAGGCGACAGCGGCGGAGACUUUGAAGGGAGCGCCGGCGACGGCGGCGGCGACGUGCGCGGGACGCCGGCGAGCGGCGCCCGCGGCGGCGCCGUCGACACCGGCUCGCUCCCGGACGAGCUGUAG